AUGGGCAAGAAGGCGCGCCAGCAGGUGCAGCAGGAGGACGACGACCUGGUGAUGACCAUCGCGUCGGACGACGAGCUGUCCAACGUCGAGGACAGCUCGGACUCGGAGGACGAGCAGGAGGCGGCGGAGCUCAAGAGCGCCGUGCUGAGCCGCCAGCAGCAGCGCAAGGAGGCGCAGCAGCAGCAGAAGGAGAGCGAGAUCGCCGAGGACUUUGAGUUCGACGACGGCGGCGCCUUCCACACGUCGGGCGGCAGCUCGUGGGACUUCACGGCCGCCAUCUCGCGCAUUGACAAGAUGGAGAGCGGCAUCCCCACGGCCACCAAGCGCACCAAGAAGGACCAGCAAUCGCGCGAGGAGCUGGUGGACGCGCUGGAGAAGAAGAAGGCUGCCGAGUUUUUCGAGUCGGACCCUUUCGCCGCCGAGGAGUUCGCCAAGACCAGGUUUGAGACGUUCGCCGACUUGAAGCUGUCGCGCCCGAUCAUGCGCGCCAUCUCGCACAUUGGCUUCGAGAAGCCGACGCCGAUUCAGCAGCGUGCCAUCCCCAUCGCGCUCACGGGCAAGGAUAUCUGUGCCAGUGCCCAGACGGGUAGUGGUAAGACCGCCGCCUUCUUGCUGCCCAUUCUGGAGCGUCUGCAGUUCCGUUCGCGUCGUGUGCAGUCCACGCGCACGAUGAUUAUCUGUCCCGUGCGUGAGCUGGCGACGCAGUGUCAGUCGAUGUUCGAGCAGCUGGCGCGCUUCACGGACAUUACGUGCUCGCUGGCUGUCGGUGGUUUGCCUCUGAAGGCGCAGGAAGCGGAGCUGCGCAACCGCCCGGACGUCGUGGUGUGUACCCCUGGUCGUAUGAUUGACCACCUGCGUAACUCCAAGAGUGUGCACAUGGAUGACCUGGAGAUUCUCGUGCUGGAUGAGGCCGAUCGUCUGCUGGAGCUUGGUUUCACGGAAGAAGUGCUCGAGCUGGUGCGCAUGUGUCCUGUCCAGCGCCAAACGAUGCUUUUCUCGGCUACGAUGACGUCGAAGGUGGACCAGCUGAUUGACCUGUCGAUGAAGCGCCCCGUUCGUAUCAGCACGGACCCGUUGUUCGACAUGGCCAAGCACCUGGUGCAGGAGUUCGUGCGUAUUCGUCCGAACCGUGAGGACGACCGUGAAGCUAUUCUGCUAGCGCUGUGUACGCGUACGUUCCGCACGAACACUAUCGUGUUCAUGGAGACCAAGUCGCACGCGCACCGUAUGAUGAUCAUUUUCGGUCUCGCAGGCAUCAAGGCUGCCGAGCUUCACGGUAACCUGAUGCAGAGGGAGCGUCUGGAGGCGCUUCAGAAGUUCCGCGACGGCACGGUGGACAUUCUGCUGUGUACGGAUAUCGCUGCUCGUGGUAUCGAUGUUCGUGGAGUGCAUGCCGUCAUCAACUACGAGAUGCCCAAGGACAUCACGACUUACGUUCACCGUGUCGGUCGUACGGCUCGUGCUGGCCGCAACGGUCGCGCUGUCACGCUUACGAGCGAGUCUCGCCGUCUUGUUAUGAAGCAGGUGUCGCGCCACUGCAAGGGAUUCGUCAAGUCCCGCGCUGUGCCUGACCCCGUUAUUGCGCAGUGGAAGGCCCGUAUCGAGAGUAUGCAGGGAGACGUGAAGCUGGUGAUGCACGAGGAGACCCUCGAGAAGCGCAUGCGUGAAGCCGAGAAGGAAGCGACUCGCGCUACGAAUCUGCUCAAGCACCGUGACGAGAUCAACUCGCGCCCGGCCCGUACGUGGUUCAUGUCCGAGAAGGAGAAGAAGAACGUGAAUGAGCGCGCCGAGGAGGAACGCCAGGCCAAGUUGGAAGCUGCCAAGGAAGAGGCUGAGGCGGCGGACACGAUGUCGCGCGCCAAGAAGCUCAAGCUCAUGAGCCACAAGAAGCGGCGGCUGUUCGAGAUCCGCGAGCGUGAGGAGCGCAUGCUGGCGGACUCUGCGCGCGAAGAAGAGGAAGGGAAGAAGGGCAAGAAGGCGGUGUUCACGUCGAUGCACGUGGCUGGCGCCGCCAAGCGCGCGAAGAAGGCUCAGCAGGAGAAGUCCCGCUCGCGCGAGGAGGAGUCGAUCGCAGAGAUGCACGAGCGCAAGCGGCUCAAGCGUGAAAAGGCCCGAGCUGCGCGUAGCAGCCACGGAUCGGGCGCCUUCGAUGUGGACAUGACCCGCGACGGCGCCCCCGCCCCGAAGCCCAGGAAGGAGCGCGACGCAAACGCUGGCAGCAACCCGUUCGAGUUCAAGGAGAAGAUCACCGACUACAAGAAGCACGCCAAGAAGGGCUCGGGCUCCUUCAAGUCGAAGGCCAAGUACAAGCGGCGCAAAUAG